GGGUCUUGUUUUGGGCAUUGCUCAUCGUUCCGGGUUUCCUUGCCCUGCUGGCCCCCGGUGCCCUUGCCGAACUUCUCGAAGCCUGCCGAAGUCCCCGCCCACUCCCCUUCCCUCCUAGGGCAUUCCUGUCAGCCAUCAUUUCUGUCGCUCCCACCCCCGAAAAAAAAGCCCCAAGAUCACACGUUUCAGCAGUUAACAGGGCAAAGCUCAUUUUCCCCGAGGUACGACCUUUAUCUACGCCCAUUGACCGCCGCUGCCAAGCAAACGCACCAUACAACAAUAACCUAGGGGACGACGUCGACGACGACUACUGCAGGACAGCUGAGUUUGGAUUUCAAAAAACACUGCGACCCCGCGCUCUCCCGCCCCUGGAUUUUUCCCUCGCCCCUCUCUUCGCCCUCAAGGCACCAUCACCACCACCACCGCCACCACCACCCACCACCGUCGAGAACGCAUCGCCGAUACAGCCACACACGCGCGCAAAGUCACCAUGGCAGAGAAGCCGUCGGUGUUGAUCAUCGGCGGUCUCGGCUACAUUGGCCGGUUCCUGGCCCUCCACAUACACCAGAACAACCUCGCCUCCGAGGUGCGCAUCGUCGACAAGGUGCUCCCGCAACUGGCAUGGCUACCGCCCGAGUUCGAGGAGGCGUGUGCCGGGUCCAAAUUUGUGCAGGCCGAUGCGAGCAGAGAGCAAUCCCUCCCCAGGAUAUUCGACAGGCCCGACGGGAAACAAUGGGAUUACGUUUUUAACUGCGGCGGCGAGACUCGCUACUCGCAGGAGGACGAGGUGUACAAGCUGCGGUCGCUCAAUCUGUCGCUCACGGUGGGCAAGGAGGCGGCCAAGCGGGGCGUCAAGUGCUUCGUCGAGCUCAGCACAGGAAUGGUCUACAAGUCAGACUCGGCGCCGAGCAAGGAAACCGACAAGCUCAAGCCGUGGAGCAAGAUUGCCGUCUUCAAGCUGCAGGCGGAGGAGGAGCUUGCUAAAAUUGAAGGGCUGAAUCUCGCAAUCGUGCGGCUUCCCCACGUCUACGGGCCGUAUGCCUCGCAGUGGGUCGCGACGGCGCUGUGCAUGGCGCGCGUGUACAAGGCGCUUGAGUCGGAGAUGAAGUGGCUGUGGACCAAGGACCUACGGACCAACACAGCGCACAUUCACGACGUGGUGCGCGCGCUCUGGGCUGUGGCCAGCUGGUACACGGGCGGCGGUAAGGACAAGUGGGACGCGAAGGCGAUGGGCUCCCCCAUUCCGACCUUCAACGUGGUCGACAAGGGCGCCACGACUCAGGGGACCAUGGCCGACAUCAUCGGUGAAGUGUUUGGCAUCGAGACGGGCUUCCAAGGCCAGCUUAUCAGCACGUUUGCCAAGCUCAACCUGGACAGCGUCGUGGACGAUGUGAACGACGAGCUGUUGGGGCCGUGGGCCGAUCUGCUCGCAGAGGCGGGUAUCACGCGACCGGGCCCGCUGACGCCGUUUAUGGAGAAGGAGCUGCUCAAGGAUACCGAUCUCAGCAUGGACGGCUCCAGGUUAGAGGAGGUGGUUGGGUUCAAGUAUGAGAAACCCGAGAUCAACAAGGAGCUGGUGGAGGAGGUGAUUGAGAGCUACAAGAGAAUGAACUGGUGGCCGUGAUGGCCUGUUUAUGGCGGUGAUGCGAUGCGGAGUUUGUCGGCGUGAAUUGGGAGUAAAGGCAUGCGGGACGGGAGAGCAAAAAAAGGCGUCAGGCCAUGACGCCAACGUAGGGAGGGGGACUAGUGUGGGCGAGACGUAUCCCCCGGAAACCGGGAAGAAUUGGGGUGUAAUACUAGGAUAUCCUACUUGAACAAAUAAUUUACCUAUCAUGGGACAAAACAAAAUCCAUUUAUUCGUGGAUGUGUAGUCCCCAAACCAGAUCAGCAGGCGGAUUGUAUGCGUUGGCCAAGACACCGCCAUCUCU